CUCCUUCUAUUAAGCCCUCCGCGUUACACGCUCCAAAUAAACUAACUCUGUUUUGUAUCCCACGCGAUUUAUUAGCAAUACAAAUGCUGUGAAUACAAUGUGAAGUUCCUAUGAGGAUCGAUAAAUAUUCGGAUUUCCCUCAUAAGUCUUAUCUAUGUAUAGUCCUUUCUAUGUUCUGAUCUGUGCAUAUUUGGUUUUGGAAUCGAAUUUUAAUUGGAAAAAGUUUUAACCGCAACUUUGAUUAAUCGCAUCAACAAUGGCACCCUUAGCUGCGCAAAAAGUGGUCCCAGAACAUGAUUUGGGGCAAAGCUCCACGCCGGGAGUUAAGGCAGUGCUGCUUGGUCCUCCCGGCUCGGGAAAAGGAACGAUGGCCAAUUGGUUGAAAGAAAAGUUUUGUGUGUGUCAUCUAUCCACUGGGGAUAUGCUUAGAGCUGAAAUUCAAUCGGGUUCCGAUUUAGGCAGCGAGCUGAAAAAGGUCAUGGACGAAGGAAAGCUUGUCAGCGACGAUCUUGUUGUAAACAUGAUUGACAAAAAUCUAGAUAAACCAGAAUGUUCGAAUGGGUUUCUUCUUGAUGGAUUUCCUCGUACUGUGGUACAAGCAGAGAAAUUAGAUGAUCUGUUGGACAAGAGAAAUACCCAACUAGACGCAGUAAUAGAGUUCGCUAUCGAUGAUAACUUGCUCUAUCGUCGGAUAACAGGUCGUUUAAUUCACCCCCCAAGCGGUCGUUCCUAUCAUGAGGAAUUUGCGCCCCCGAAAAAGACCAUGACAGAUGACGUAACUGGCGAGCCCCUAAUAAGACGUUCAGAUGACAAUGUAGAAGCUCUAAAAAAGCGGUUAACUACCUAUCAUAACCAGACGAAACCUCUAGUUGAUUAUUAUCAAAUUAGGGGCAUCCACCACCGCAUCGAUGCUGCACAAGCUGCUAAAAAUGUCUUCAGUAACAUUGACGACAUUUUUUCAAAAAGAGCUGAGCGCGUAAGAAUAGGUUCCAGGUUAUAAUUUGUUCCUAAUAAGU